ACAACUACAGCUGCCCCAACCACAACCACAACUACAGCUGCCCCAACCACAACCACAACAGCUGCCCCAACAACAACCACCACAGCAGCACCAACAACAACCACAACAACCGCCCCCACAACAACAACUACAGCUGCCCCAACCACAACCACAACAGCUGCCCCAACAACAACCACAACAACCGCCGCCACGACAACAACUACAGCUGCCCCAACAACAACCACAACUACAGCUGCCCCAACCACAACCACAACAGCUGCCCCAACAACAACCACCACAGCAGCACCAACAACAACCACAACAACCGCCCCCACGACAACAACUACAGCUGCCCCAACAACAACCACAACAACCGCCCCCACAACAACAACCACAGCAGCACCAACAACAACCACAACAACCGCCCCGACAACAACAACUACAGCUGCCCCAUCCACAACCACAACAGCUGCCCCAACAACAACCACAACAACCGCCCCCACGACAACCACAACAACCGCCCCCACGACAACAACUACAGCUGCCCCAACCACAACCACAACAGCUGCCCCAACAACAACCACAACAACCGCCGCCACGACAACAACUACAGCUGCCCCAACAACAACCACAACUACAGCUGCCCCAACAACAACCACAACAACCGCCCCCACAACAACAACCACAGCAGCACCAACAACAACCACAACAACCGCCCCGACAACAACAACUACAGCUGCCCCAUCCACAACCACAACAGCUGCCCCAACAACAACCACAACAACCGCCCCCACGACAACCACAACAACCGCCCCCACGACAACAACUACAGCUGCCCCAACCACAACCACAACAGCUGCCCCAACAACAACCACAACAACCGCCGCCACGACAACAACUACAGCUGCCCCAACAACAACCACAACUACAGCUGCCCCAACCACAACCACAACAGCUGCCCCAACAACAACCACCACAGCAGCACCAACAACAACCACAACAACCGCCCCCACAACAACAACUACAGCUGCCCCAACCACAACCACAACAGCUGCCCCAACAACAACCACAACAACCGCCGCCACGACAACAACUACAGCUGCCCCAACAACAACCACAACUACAGCUGCCCCAACCACAACCACAACAGCUGCCCCAACAACAACCACCACAGCAGCACCAACAACAACCACAACAACCGCCCCCACGACAACAACUACAGCUGCCAUAACCACAACCACAACAGCUGCCCCAACAACAACCACAACAACCGCCCCCACGACAACAACUACAGCUGCCCCAACAACAACCACAACAACCGCCCCCACGACAACAACUACAGCUGCCCCAACAACAACCACAACAACCGCCCCCACGACAACAACUACAGCUGCCCCAACCACAACCACAACUACAGCUUCCCCAACCACAACCACAACAGCUGCCCCAACAACAACCACAACAACCGCCGCCACGACAACAACUACAGCUGCCCCAACAACAACCACAACUACAGCUGCCCCAACCACAACCACAACAGCUGCCCCAACAACAACCACCACAGCAGCACCAACAACAACCACAACAACCGCCCCCACGACAACAACUACAGCUGCCCCAACCACAACCACAACAGCUGCCCCAACAACAACCACCACAGCAGCACCAACAACAACCACAACAACCUCCCCCACGACAACAACUACAGCUGCCAUAACCACAACCACAACAACUGCCCCAACAACAACAACUACAGCUGCCCCAACGACAACCACAACAGCUGCCCCAACAACAACCACAACAACCGCCCCCACGACAACAACUACAGCUGCCCCAACAACAACCACAACAGCUGCCCCAACAACAACCACAACAACCGCCCCCACGACAACAACUACAGCUGCCCCAACCACAACCACAACUACAGCUUCCCCAACCACAACCACAACAGCUGCCCCAACAACAACCACAACAACCGCCGCCACGACAACAACUACAGCUGCCCCAACAACAACCACAACUACAGCUGCCCCAACAACAACCACAACUACAGCUGCCCCAACAACAACCACAACUACAGCUGCCCCCACAACAACAACUACAGCUGCCCCAACCACAACC